AUGCUGCGUCCGUCAUCUACUAAAUUAGUGGGCCAAAGGCUAUUCACCACUGCUCGAUCCCUCCAGGCUGCUAAACCGGCACCAAAAGGUAAAACUCAAGGGUUUUCCAAAAAAUCAUCCUCUGUAUCGUCUUACUCAUCUGCCAAAAGGAUAACUCCAGGUUCAUUAUAUAAGAACUGGACAAAUACCACACAUACUGCCCAAUUACAACAAACUGCCAUCCCUCUGGCAUUACCCAUUUUUAACUUCGAGAAUAUUUCCAAGACCUUGAAUAAAGUAGUGGCGUACUCCAACAAACACUACAAAUCUCUUCACCAUUUAGGUUCCUUCAAGAAGUCUCAAUUUAAUGAAUUAUUUCAAAAACCUGUUUGUUUGGUUCGUGAAGAUGCAACCAAUAGCUUUUUGAAAAAACUAGUUUCUCAUCCAAAUAAGAAGUUUAUAAUUACUGGAGAACCUGGUGUUGGGAAAACCGUACUUCUUUCACAAGUACAUGCAUAUGCGGUCGAUUCUAAACAAAUUAUCAUCAACAUAUCCUAUCCCGAAUUGUUUUUGAACGGCAGAAAUGAUUUUUACUAUGAUGAAGAUUUAAAACUCUACAUUCAACCAAUGUUUUUAAAAAAGCUCAUAAGGAAAAUACUGAAGGCUAAUGACCCCUUGCUUUUAAAAUCUAUCGAACUGUCUAAAGACUAUAAGUUUUCGAAUGCAAAUCCAAAAAAUGCAUCCAUCAAACCAUUCGUCACAUUGAGCAAGAAGAAAAAUACGGUGCUGGAUUUAUUAUCCGUGAUGACUCACUCUCAAAAUCGUGGCAAACUUAUGAGAGCCAUUGUUGAUGAGCUAUCGAUUCAAUCUAAAGUGCCAAUCAUGUUCACAGUAGAUAACUUUUCGAAACUUUUAACUACUGCAUAUUCUGCGUACAGAAAUACGCAAAAUAAACAAAUAUAUUCGCUGAAUUUACAAAUGGGAAAACUAAUAAUGGACAUUAUUUCAGGGGAGACAAAAUUUGCUAAUAAUGAGAGUUCAGUGAUUUUGGCUAUAUCCGGAGUGGAUAGAACAAACAAGACGUUACCUGUAGCAUUGGGUAAAUUACCGGCAGACCCUUAUGUUACUAGAUAUCAUUAUGAACAAAAUUUCGUGAAAUUACUACAAAAAGGUAAUGUCACCGAAUUCGAAGUCCCUAAAUUGAACAAGCAGGAAGUUAACGAACUGAUCGAAUACUACAAAAAAUCGAAUGUUCUACUAGACAAAGAUGUCACAGGAAAAAAGUGGGACAAUUUAGUCGACGAAAAAUAUUUCAUAAGUGGUAAUGGUAACCCAAGAGAAUUACUGAGAAGUUUAGUUCUUUCCCACAGAUGA